GUUGCGCGCGAUUUCAGUCGCAACGUGAAACUCGCCGCAAACACAACGGAAUCUCGCGCAAAUACCGUGCCAAAAGUCGCGUCAAAAUUGAACCGAUUAAAAAUUCUAAAAACAAAUAUAUUUAUUACUAUUUAUUAAUUGUUAGCCCAUUACCAAAGUGUUGAAUUUGGGCAAAAUUAGAAAGUUUGGAAGCCGUCUCUAAAACUCAUCCAAAAUGCCGAAACCUCUCGUAAACUCCUGCUGUUUGUGUCAAACGACACGGAAUGGUUCUGUUAUAUCCGGAAUUUUGGCUAUUGUGUUAUCCAUAAUCUCAAUAAUUGUAAUAUUCACAACACGUGUGCAUUUCAAAACUAUUUUCUUUGACUUUCUGUCAAAUGAUGUGGUAAAAAUCAUUCUCGUGAUAAAUCUAUGCAUGACUAUUCUAAUAUCCCUGCUCAUGAUCGUUGGCGUCCUCAAGCGCAAUCAUUAUUGUAUGGUACCUUGGGUGGUUCUCGGAAUUAUGAUUGCCAUCGGACUGCUGAUUUCUGUAAUCUAUACCGGCGUCGUCUUUUUCAUCGAUGGCUUUUGGCUGACGGGCGUUCUAUGGCUGAUCUUCGGUCUGAUCUGUAGUGCUGUUCUCACAUAUUGUUGGUGCGUCGUCUACAGCGAGUAUGCAAAUCUGGCCGAGGAGAGUGAACGUGGACGCUACAACAAGCAGCCUUAUCGCCGUUAAUCAGAUGGGGACCCCGAUGAUCCCAAUGAUCCAAUCACAUCAUCAUACUCCGUACACUUCGUAUAUGUUAGUUGAUAAUACUAAAAAUGCUAUGUUCGUAAUUAGCUCAUAUGUUUAACUAAUAAUUUUAAUUUAAUUAUUUAAUAAUGCGUCACCAGUUUAGCAUAUUCAAGUGCAUACAUUUAAGUAUAUGUAUAUGAUGUUUAUAAGGACAAUCGUGCAAUCGAAUUACUUUAACAUUUAAAUAUUUAUCACGGUCCAAAAUGUUUGUUGUAAUUUGUAAUGUAAUUUUUGUAUGAAAAAUAACAAUAUAUCUAACACGUAAAAAAUAAAACAAAUUUUAAAUGCCUAAAGUGUACGAGGUCAUUACGGGUUUAUUGUGUGUGCUCUUUCACAUUAUUUAUUUCAAAAUAGAUAUUUAUUCUCUCAAAGUCUAUCAAAA